UGAGAUGAGGCCGUGUGCUGUUUUGAGUUUUUUGUUUCCCACCCUUCUCUGAGGCUGGGUGACUCUGACGUAGCAGUCAGCGUGUCCCGCCGGCGGGGGGUGGGGGGGGCGGUGCUGCUCCGGACUAUAUUGCAGACGGCAUCGGAGAACAUCGCCCCCUCUUCGCUCUGAGUUUCGUCGAGUGUUGACCGCGUAGUGAUUCAGGCCGGGAAGACAUGGCUGGAUAUUUGAAAGUCCUCAGCUCUCUUUCGAGGUCCGCCGGCGCCGCUUUUUCCAGAAAUCCCGCCGUGCUCGCGCCAGCUGCAAACUGCCAGACUUUGCAACAAAGAAACUAUGCCGACAAACGCAUCAAAGUGGCUCAGCCAGUGGUGGAGAUGGACGGAGACGAGAUGACAAGGAUCAUCUGGGAGUUCAUCAAAGAGAAGCUCAUCCUGUCAAAUGUUGAUGUAGAACUGAAGUAUUACGACUUGGGUCUGCCCUACCGCGACCAGACCGAUGACCAGGUCACCAUCGACUCCGCCCUCGCCACUUUGAAGUACAGUGUGGCGGUCAAAUGUGCCACCAUCACACCCGAUGAAGCCAGAGUUGAAGAGUUUAACCUCAAGAAAAUGUGGAAGAGCCCCAACGGAACAAUCAGGAACAUCCUUGGCGGCACAGUCUUCCGUGAGCCAAUCAUCUGCAAGAACAUUCCCAGGCUUGUUCCAGGCUGGACACAGCCCAUCACCAUCGGCAGACAUGCCUUUGGUGACCAGUACAGAGCAACAGACUUUGUUGUGAGCCAACCGGGUAAAUUCAAGAUCAUCUUCUCACCUGCUGAUGGAAGUGCAGGCAAGGAAUGGGAAGUUUAUGACUUCCCUGCUGGUGGCUGUGGAAUGGGAAUGUACAACACAGAUGAGUCUAUCACCGGCUUCGCACACAGCUGCUUCCAGUAUGCCAUCGGAAAGAAGUGGCCACUCUACAUGAGCACAAAGAACACCAUUCUCAAAGCCUAUGACGGCAGAUUUAAGGACAUCUUUGAGGAUAUCUAUGAAAAGCACUACAAGCCAGAGUUCGAGAAACUGAAGAUCUGGUAUGAGCACAGGCUUAUUGAUGACAUGGUUGCUCAAGUGCUGAAGUCCUCAGGAGCCUUUGUGUGGGCUUGCAAAAACUAUGAUGGAGACGUUCAGUCUGAUAUCCUCGCACAGGGCUUUGGCUCUCUCGGACUGAUGACAUCUGUUCUGGUCUGCCCCGAUGGAAAGACUAUUGAAGCUGAGGCAGCCCACGGCACUGUGACCAGGCACUAUCGUGAGCACCAGAAGGGUAGGCCAACCAGCACCAACCCCAUUGCCAGCAUUUUUGCCUGGACUCGAGGCUUGGAGCAUCGAGGCAAGCUCGACGGCAACCCUGACCUCAUUAAGUUCUCCCAGACUCUAGAGAGGGUGUGUGUUGAGACUGUUGAGAGUGGUGUUAUGACCAAGGACCUUGCUGGCUGCAUCCACGGCUUGUCCAAUGUGAAGCUCAACGAGCACUACGUCAAUACCACAGACUUCCUCGAUGCCAUCAAGACAAAUCUGGAAAAAGCCCUGGGCAAGUGAAUGUCUUGAAAGAACCUAUUUGGCCUGGAGAUGGCAAUGUCACUCCUCUGUUUUUGUACCUCAUUUUUAACUUGAAAGGUCAAUAAAUCCACUUGCAUUUCAACCGAAGGAAACAAAAGCUGCCUGUAAAAUUAUGUAGUGUUUUCCUAAGAUGUUGAAUGGUUGUCGUCUUUCCACCUGAUGGCCCCCUAACUGCCAGUCCUAUUUUGUGCUAGGUUUAUUUUUGUAACUUGUACUGUAAUGCCUCAAAGGAAGACUGAAUCCUCUUUCAAACAUACUUGCCAAUAAAACGCGUUUGACCUAUAGUCAGCAUUUUGUGUGGGUGUUUUU